UUCGUCAGGCAAGGACAUAAAUAAAGACGACCUGUAAACUGUACAAACUGCUGUCUUGUAAAAAGAGUAACUUAAAGUAAAAACAUUUUGACGGAUUUUAUAAAGACAACUUGUUGGUCCAGUUCUUAAAGCGGCCGCUAAAGGAAGCACAGAUUCACUCGAAAGUAAGCGGUAAGCGCCACAUUAACUCUUACAAAAUGAGGAGUGUGUUAUCAACCCUGACAUUAUUUCUAAAUUAGUCGGGAAAGAUGCUAACUGUUUGUAAAUGCUUUGCGAAACGAAACAGUGUUGUCACAUUUUGCCUGUUACUUUUCUCAGCGCUGCUCAGAUCAGACCAAUCACAAUCGUUCGCGAUUACAGGAAAGUGACUUAUUAUGUUAUAUUAUGAAGAUUGUUGGAACCGUUUUCUAUUUGUCUAUCAUAUAACAAUCACUGCCAUUUUUUUAAAUAAAUUAUUUAUUUAAAAAAAUAAUAAUAAAUGAAUAAUAAAUAAUAAUAAAUGUAAAGGUAAUAUCGGUUUUUAGUCAAUAAAUGUCUGAUGAUUUAAACGGGUCUUAAUGAUGGAUUCGGCUUCGUGAGCCUCUAAGCGCCCCUAGAGGAAGACUUGAUUGUCACAUAAGGAAAAAAAUUUGAAUAAAGUACUCCCCAAUGUGUAAGCACUGCCAUAAAUACAUAAAAAGCGCCUGCGUGGCACCAGAAAAUAAAUAAUAAUAAAUAAAUAAAUAAUACUGUUCACUGUGCGUCACGACAUGAUAAUUUCAGGCUCUGUGUUGACAGACAGAAUGUGUAUUUAAUAUAAUAUUCAUAAUGAUAUUUCUCCAAUAAAUCAUUUUAGGAUGGUAACUUUGACCAUUAGUUGUAAAACGGAAUACUAUAACUGUUCUGUAAUGCUACAAUGUAAAUGUAAAUUCAUAACUUUUGCAUAUAAGCUAUGAACUUUACUUAAGUUAUAUCCAAUACUUUUAUUCAAUAAGGACACACUAAAUUGAUCGAAAGUGACAGAAAUCAUAUAAGUGUGAGUUCUGAAGGAUCGUGUGACACUGAAGACUUGGAGGAAUGAUGCUGAAAAUUCAGCUUUAAAUCACAGGAAUAAAUUACAGUUUGCAAUACAUUCAAAUCAUUUAAAAUUAUAAUAAUAUUUCACAUUACCAUUUUUACUGUAUUUUUUUUUAUUCAGUCCUAUCUUAUCCCACAUUAUUCAUACAAUAGCACAUUUUUUCAACUUAUUUAUACCUUGAUUUUUCACAGUAGCCUAUAUUUUCUGUCUGUCAUCCAUAAGCUCUUCUUAAUAGAGAACCCAGCAUUUACUACCUAAUCAUAAAUUAGUGAACAACAUUAUUACCUGUUUAAUAUUCAACAAUGAAGUCAUCUGCUAAAGUUAAAGUCCUGUGAAGUGAUCAUAAAUCUAUAAACAGCUGUAAAUAUAACCAAGAGUGGUUCCUUCAAUUGUUUAAUGAAACCACAGAGCAAAGUAUAAUAUGCAUAUUCAUGAGUCCAGCAGCUCAGUGCAGGUCUCGUGUGGGUUGAGACUCUCUAGGAGCCAGCAGGGAGUGUUGGUUUUAACGUGCAAUCUUUCUGGGAGGGGAAGCUCUGUUUGCAAAUGAGUUCUCUAGUGCUUUAUCCUGUUCUUCUGUGCUUGUGCCGUGGCUCACGGGGAUGAGACGUCUCUUCUAGAAACCAUUCCCUUCAAGAAAUGGUUGCAAACUGAGUCUGGACUCUUGGAAACCCUCCGUAUACAGUUGGACAUUUGAGGAAGUUUCACAUUAGUUUCAGAAUGGCUGACUACAACGCCGAACCACAGGCGCCUAGCAAACUCAGCCAAGUUCAGGAUCAAGUCAAUGAUGUUAAAGGCAUUCUCGAACUCAACCUCAACCAAAUCCUGAAGAGAGGAGAUCAGUUAGACGACCUGGUCGUGAUAACGGAUGACCUUCAGGUCACGGCGGACUCGUUUCAAAAGACGUCCACGCGUGUUGCCAGAAAGAUGUGGUGGAGAAACACCAAGAUGAUGAUUAUAAUUGGAGUGGUUGUGCUUGCCAUCAUCAUUUUAAUCAUCCUGCUAGCAACACAAGUCAUUCCCUCCUAAUACAACCCAGACAUCCUUUCAGUCAUCUGUAUUCACUAGAAUGAAUGACCUCUUUUACUUUGAAAGUACCCUGACACAUUUAUGUAAAGAUAAAUUGCUAUUUUUGUUAUUAAUAUUGACAUUUCUUGUGAUAUUCUAUAUAGAUCUGGGGAGAAUAUGUCAGGGGUAUGUGUGUGAAUGUGUAUAUAUAUGCAGAUAACACUUUAAAAUGUAUUGCACAACCUUCACAUGCACAAACAAUGAACAAUACAUUUAUUACAGUGUGUAUUCAUCUAUGUUGAUGUUAGUUAAUGAGAAUACAGUUAUUCAUCGUUAGUUCUUGUUAAUUAUCAGUGCAUUAUCCAAUGUUAAAAAAACACAACUUUAGGUUUGAAGAACGCAUCAGUAAAUGUUGAAAGAUGAAGAAUGAUAAAUGUUGUGGAAGUGUUCAUUCUUAGUUAAUGUUAACUAAUCAACCUCAUUGUAAAGUGUUACGCAUAUGCAUUGUGUUUUUUCCUUGUUAGGGUGUUAUCCUUAUAUAAAGGGACAGAAAACAGCACGAUUCAUUACAACUGAAAAAUGUUGCAGGAUUUCUUUUUUUUUUUUUGGUAUCGUUUCCUUUUGAGACUAUAAUAACGGUGUUUGACCCAAGUAACACUAAAUAUGACGUCAUUUUUAAGGACAAAGACUUUAUGUAUAAUGCAUUAUGUGAAAAUAGUUUGUUGUCUUUCAAUGCAUUACACUUUCUGAAGAUGUAACAAUAGAGAAGUAUUAAAACCGUGGUUUUAAUUCUUCAUGAAAUGCCUCAAAGUGCAUUUACAAGUUAUUAAAACUACUUUUAUUGUGCAUUAUAAAGACUUGUAAAAAGAA